CAAAAUGGCGAAUAGUUUACUUCCGUAGUUGAGAUUUUUUAUACAUCGCUAUUUUAAAUCUGAAAAGUUACACAUUCUUGAAGUACAUACUAGCUAAUUCCUGAGGUCCAAGCUCAAGUAUUGAAUAAAUGAGUUCCCCUGAUCAAGUCAAGCAUCUCACAGAGCUUAUGAAAUAUUUGGAAGAACAGAUACGAGUUAUGGAACCUGUUAUUGAAGUUAUGAAAAAUGCUGUAGAGAAAAGUAGGACUUGGGUAGAUGAUGAAAAUGACAACCAGUCUGUCACCUACACCGAGCUAUGCCAGGAACUUGAGUCAGCGACCACGGCAGUGUUGGACGUGGCGUCACACAUUAUAAGUAAGAACAAAUGCAAUUCUCGUGUUGAGGCAGGACUGACAUCUCAGUCAACACCACAAACUACAGCAACUGAAAAGUGUGACAAUAUUGAAUUAAAAAAUCAAAUCAAUCAACAAGUUCAGCAUACAGCGGAAAUAUUGAGUAGACUAGAACUGAUAGAGACAGCUCUCUCUUCGCUACAAGACACAAAACAAAAGACUGAAGACGAUAUAUCAGAAAUAAAACAAUGGAAAGACACAUUUGUGUCAGAACGAGAGAAUACGACUUUAAAAACUGAGCAGUUUUUUAGACGCGAGACAGAAAAUAUUGAAAGCCUAAGAGAAGAAAUGAGUGAACAAGAUAACAAAGUAAAGGAGCUGAACAAAGAAUUUGAAAGUUUAAAAGAAAAAGAAACCAAGUCAAACAAAGCACUAGAGAAACUGGCUCUAGAUAUGAAAGAAUAUGAAAACAACUUACUCAAAAUAAAUAAAGAGUUACAAGAUCACACAGAUAAAACAGACAGUAUAACACAAGAAGUUAGGAUCCAUUGCUCAAUUAUUUCUACUUUACAAGAUACAGAUUGCAAACGUGAGGAUAUUUUUGCAAAGAUUGAUAAAAAAAUGCAAGAUGUUUUGAAUUUUGAAGCACAAAUACAAGAUGUUUUGAAGCUGGAAAUUAAAGUCAACAAUGUUUUGAAAUUUGAACAGAAAGUGAAGGAUCUUUUGAAACUUGAACAGAAAGUCCACGAUAUUAUGAAUUUUGAACUGAAAAUGAAUGAAAUUUUGAAACUUGAAGAGAAAAUCAUGGACAUUUUGAAACUUGAAGAGAAAAUCAUGGACAUUUUGAAACUUGAAGAGAAAAUCAUGGACAUUUUGAAACUUGAAGAGAAAAUCAUGGACAUUUUGAAACUUGAAGAGAAAAUCAUGGACAUUUUGAAACUUGAAGAGAAAAUCAUGGACAUUUUGAAACUUGAAGAGAAAGUCAAACAUAUUUUGAAACUGGAAGAGAAAUUCAUGGACAUUUUGAAACUUGAAGAGAAAGUCGUUGAUGUCUUAAAGCUUUCACCAGUCGUUCAUGCUAUUGAGUCUCGUGUGUGUAACAGGUACCUGUGUCACAUCCAGCUGGCACAUAGCACACCCGUGGGUCGGGGCUCAAUCAUUGCAACAUUCAGCGAGGUACGGGAAUACUACGGUAACUGCUUUAAUCAAACCACCGGGAAGUUCGUCGCGCCCCAAGACGGACUGUACCUGCUAUGUUUGACCCUACAGCAGUGGGCGGAUAAACAGAUAAGAGUGGGCAUUUAUGUGGGGGAGAAGUGGAGCCAGACUGUCCAGGUGAAAUACGCAGGGACAAGCGCUUCUGGAUCAGUUGUGGUUGUCAUCAAGAAAGGUCAGAGUAUUUAUCUUCACGUAGACUUCGCGGACCCAGGCGCCAAAUUGUCAAGUCUCAGUUCUUUCACAAUAGUUAGUUUAUAGAUGGCCGAAUUAUCAAGUCUCAGUUCUUUCACUUUAGUUAGUUUAUAGAUGUACAAAUUAUCAAGUCUCAG